CUACCCGGCUGAUACCCAAACCGGAUUCGCCGACCGCGCUAGGUCGAAUCCGCCCUCGAAGCGAGGUUCCGAUCGCACGCGGCGCGGCCAUGGAGGACGAGGAGCACGAGGUGUACGGCCAGGAGAUCCCCGUCGACGGCGAGGACGUCGACAUGGCCGCCGCAGGCGACGACGCCGCCAAGGUCCCGCUCCGCACGCCUUCAGCCCCGCCGCCUCCUCGUCGCCCAAACCCUAGCGGCGGUACUGACCUGUGCUCACGCGCGCAGCUGCAGGAGCUCGACGAGAUGAAGCGCCGGCUCAAGGAGAUGGAGGAGGAGGCCGCCGCCCUCCGCGAGAUGCAGGCCAAGGUCGCCAAGGAGAUGCAAGGUGUAGAUCCUAAUGCAACCACAUCUGAAAACAAAGAGGAGAUGGAUGCUCGGUCAGUGUUUGUUGGAAAUGUUGACUAUGCGUGCACUCCAGAAGAAGUGCAGCAGCAUUUUAAUUCUUGUGGAACUGUCAACAGGGUGACAAUCCUGACUGACAAGUUUGGGCAACCAAAAGGUUUUGCUUAUGUGGAAUUUGUUGAAGUUGAGGCUGUUCAGGAAGCUGUUAAGUUGAACGAGACAGAGUUGCAUGGUCGCCAAAUCAAGGUGUCACCGAAGAGGACUAAUGUUCCGGGCAUGAAGCAACCCCGGGGUCGGGGAUUCAAUCCAUACCAUGGUCACCCCUACAUGAGGCCAUAUGGAGGGCCGUUUUAUAGUCCUUACGGUGGCUAUGGGCGAUUUCCCAGAUUCCGCCGGCCGCGAAGACCUUACUUUUGAAGCUCAGGUCUGGAGAGUUGUCAUAACACGACUCUAUUCUUCGACUAUAGUCAGUCAAGAUUCCAGAGGAAACACUCUUCUGGGUUUAUGUUGUCAACCGCGUUGUUUCCGUAUUGACCAUGUUUAAGCCUCUACAAGCAGCACAUUGUGGUACUAUUGACUUUCAGUGACAGUUAUGCAGAACAGUUACGAUUGGUUUGACGUACUAAUGGGCUGCAUUGCUCUUCUAUUCAGUUAGGGUGAGGCAAUAGAGCCCCUAUUGGCCUGUCUUGGGUGUU